UCAAAUACCAAAUCCAAGGACGAUAACUUGAAUAAUCAGUCCAAGGACGAUAAGCGUUCAAUGAUUAUGAUCAAGCGAAUAACAUAAAAUAUGUCAAAUUUAUCAUUUUUUAGAAAAUCUGCAUUACUAUUAUAUGCGAAUAAAGAUGCAGUAUUUUGUCUGUCAUGUCGUGCUAAAUCAAUUAUGUCACAUUCAAAUGCUGUAAUGCAUGUAAUGUUAGAAAAACACAGAGUUUCCUUACUUAACAAAGACCGCGAACCUACAGACCUCACAGAACCAAUUAAGAAUUAUAGAAACUCAGAUGUGGCCAUGGUCAAUGAAUACAGGGAAAAGUUUCCUGAAUUUUUACCUAAUCCAGACUGGAAGUAUCGAGAUCGUUUGGGGGAGAAGUUGGAAAGACUGGAGAUGUAUAGAAGAAGAAAGAAUAUAGACAUUCCAGAGUUUUAUGUUGGUAGUAUAAUGGCAGUUACAGUGUCGGACAAGUAUGCUCCUGGGAAAAGCAAUCGAUUUGUAGGAAUAUGUAUACACAGAGAGGGGCAUGGACUUAAACAUACGUUCAUUUUGCGGAAUGUCAUAGAUAAUCAAGGUGUAGAGAUCAUGUAUGAAAUGUAUAAUCCACUGCUACAAAGUAUUGAGGUUUUAUGUUUGGAGAAAAGACUGGAUAAAGAACUGUUUUAUCUACGAGACUGUCCACUAGAAUACAGUUAUUUCCCUCAAGAUUUUGAACAGCAGAUGAUACACGAGGGUAUGGACGUUCCUGUUAAUAACAUCAAGGUAACGCUUGGUCCCCGGCCUUGGACACAGAGGUGGUGGCGUAUGGAUCUGAAAGGAGUUCAUAAAGUUGAUCCCUAUAGAUCAGAAAAGGCAAGAAUAAAAGGUAAAAAGAAAGACGAACAUCCACAGUUAAAGAAGGUGUGGGAAAAAGAUGAUAUCAUGAAACAUUACCGUGAAUCUAUAAAUUAUGUUGAAUCAGCAGAAAUUUAUAAAGAGAUGCAAAAAGAAAGUAAAGACUGGAAAAGGAAAAGUUAAUUAGUGAAACAAGGAGACUAAAUUAAUAAAGUUUGUCUUGAUCAUAAA